AUGACGAUGGAUGAGCCCCCCCAACAUCCGCCGGGCGAGGGGAUUGUAAAUCCGAAUGACCCUCAAUACCAGCAGAGGCUAUCUUUGCCCGGCCAGCAAUACGAACUUCCCUCCCAUCCCGCCUCUGUGGCCGAUACGGCUUCGGUCGCGGAGUCGAGGAACUCUCACGCCAAAGUCGCUAUCCCGCGCCAUCGAGGGGGUAUUGCGCCGCGGUAUAAUCGUCGGGUGCCUCGAGCUUGCGAAUCUUGCCGUCAGCGCAAAACGAAAUGCAGUGGCGACACUCCGUAUGGUUUGGAUGGAGUGGAAUAUUCGCCCAGCAGCGCCCAGUCCCACUCGGUUACUCCCCAGGAUGAGGGUGGAGAGCCUGAUGACCCAAGCUCGCCUUCGUCAAUUGGGUCGCUUGAGGCAAUCGAUCGUGUCGAAGAGGACUUGAACCGAAAUGAAAACUCGCGGGCGACUGGAUAUAUGGGAAAGAAUUCUGAAGUGACCUGGAUGCAACGACUCCAAAGAGAAGCGGAACAUCGAUCACAAGGAUUACCGGGAUCUCUUGAGCCUGGUCAAAGCAAGCGACAAGAUGAUGACCUCGCCCUUCACGCCGUCAACUAUCAUCUUGAUGAUUUGGAUAUCAACUAUCCUGGGCCGAUAGAAAUGUAUGCGGUUCCUCCACGAGAGCAGGCCGAUCAUUUCUUUGAUGAUUACCUGAGAACUGUUCAACCAUUCUUUCCUAUAAUCAGCCAACCUCUCUUCACAGCGCAGUACAAGACGUUCUACGAUAGCAACGCGCGACCUGGGGACAAAUGGCUCGCUAUUCUAAACAUGAUAUUUGCCAUCGGAUCGAAACACUCUCAACUCCUUGAGGCACCAUGGCGCGGAGACGAAAAAGAUCAUUUGUUAUUUCUGAACCGGGCUAGAAUGCUGAGUAUGAAUGGCGAGGUCUUAUUCAGUCACCCUGAUCUUCAGCAGGUCCAGGUAGAGGGCUUGAUGGCCUUCUAUCUCCUUGCUUCAGAUCAGAUCAAUCGUGCAUGGAAAAUUUCGGCACUGGCAAUUCGGUCUGCAAUUACCCUAGGCAUCAACAUGAAGAAUAGCAGCCCUACAACACCCAGUGUAUCCAAAGAGGCUCGCUAUCGAGUUUGGUGGUGCCUCUAUACUUUUGAGCAUCUUUUGGGUAUAAUGACUGGUCGUGCAUCCUGUAUCCUGGAUGGAGUUUGCACCACACCCCUGCCACUACCAUUUGAAGAGGCCCAACUUGCAGAACCCGCGGCGGCUGAAUUGUUAAGUGAUACCGUUAUCAGAGAUGACCGCAUCAACAAGGUAAUGGCAAGUUCCUGGGUCCGACACAUGCCUUUGAACCCCACUGGAGGCAAAGAAGCUUCCCAUACAAGUCGUGUACGCGACAAUUCAUGGGUGAAGAGCAUCCCUGUUAACGCUGGUCUUUGCCACCUCUACUAUUGCGAUUUGGCUGUCGUCGUGCAGGAAAUUGUGAACAAGGUUUAUUCGGUAGAUUGUGUGAUGGUACCCUGGGCUCACAUCGAGAAUCGGAUCGGCGAGCUGAGGUGUCGCAUCGACCUAUGGUACCACAGUCUUCCGGCUGCACUUGACUUCACGAAGAAGGAAGAUGAAGGCGCCGACCGGCUACGUUACAAACUGGCCCUGGCCUUCCACUACUAUAGCGCACGAAUCACAUUGGGACGGCCAUGUCUCUGUCGGCGCGACGCACAGAAGAAAAGCCCCGCUGAGCGAUCGGCUUUCAGUCACGACAUGGCGGAGUUAACUCUCGAGUCUGCAAACCUCAUGCUCGACCUCAUACCCGAGGAGCCAAACGCCGUCCAACUGUACGAGAUUGCCCCGUGGUGGUGCAUCCUGCAUUACCUCAUGCAAGCCGCGACAGUCCUCCUUCUCGAGCUCGCCUUCGGGUGUGUCCACAUGCCAGAGGAAGAGCAGAGAUUUAUCAUCCUAUCCAAAAAGGCCAUUCGCUGGCUAUUUUCCAUGUCCCAACACAGCAUCGCCUCACGACGAGCAUGGCAGCUAUGCGACAUCUGUCUACGCCGUCUGUCCGCUGGCAUGAAGUUCGACGUCACCGACAUGCCUUCCUACCCCUACCAAUCCGCGCCUGCUUCUACCCUCUCCCUCGAACAUCCCCAGGAAGCCUCUCAAAACAUCGCCCCCACAACCUCGGGUCUCUGGAAUCCUCGCCUGGAAGACUUGUCUUUGGCUAGCAAUCAACCCUCUGAAUUCGGCGUGGACUAUCUCGCCCACAACCCCGCAUCUUACUCGGAUUUAAAUCCAUCUGAUCCCAUGUCCGCUUUCAUGGGCGAUGCUUCAUUGCCGGACGACCUAUACUUCCCAUACGACCCGAUCAGCGGCGAAUUCAUUCGCUCUUUCUUCCCAUACUCAGGCGAGGACCAAAAUUGGGAUCAGAAUGCUUCUUAUUGA